UCCAUUCGCGUGACGGAAAAGCUUCACUGGCCUGAGCAAGAACUCGCUAAGAAGUCUGUUCUAAAUGCAGAAGAGUCAUUGAUCAUUGACAGCAAAAGAAGCAUUUCACAUUUAUCUUCUGGGAUACUAAAGGACAUUUUCACAACUGGAACCAGUAGUUACAAUGUCCUACUACAGAGCAAAGAGGAGAAAAAGCAUCAUUCACAAAAACAGUCUUCCUCUACCUACUCCAAAAGAUGUAGAAAACCCAGCAAAUCUCCUAGUUCUUCUCGUAGUAAAGAUCUUCGCAAGAUGAAAGCCCCGGUGUCUAUGAUGAGCAGUGGUACUUGGUAUUGCCUAGAAAGGCAGCCUGGUGUCUUUGUCACUAGUUCAGUGUCGAGUCCUCUAAAGUUUACACAUGAUAUCUCUGUUACAGGAAGCAGCAUAGUACUGCCACCUAAACCCAAAAACAAAGUAAAGCGACGCCAUUUCUCUGCUCUGCCAAAGCCAAAGCUGCAGCCUCAGUUGUCUAGAAGUUUUGAAAAAGGAGAUGACUUUUCUGGGAAGAAAUUUUGUAUACUGACUGCUAUAAAGCCCACCAACUUGGAGAAAGAGAAACUGAGAUUCUUCAAAUCUGAUUAUACCUACAAUCCUCAGUUUGAAUAUGCAAACCCAUCUCUGCCAAGUGUGUUAGCCAAACACAGCAAUGCCUCAGACCGAUUUCUUAAACAGUCCAUCAAUAUUAUGGAACUGACUUUACAGAAAUAUGGAAGUUAUGAAAAGUUUGAGCAGGCCACUGGUGGCAGCCUGCUAUCUAAAACUCAAAUCUGGAGUCAUGUUCGGAAGUACAUGAUGAAAGAAGGCUGCCUGGGUGAGAUUGUAGUUCAUCUCACUGAAGAUCUGCUUUCCCGAGCUUCAAUGACAGUGGUAAAUGGGUGCCCAACACUGACCAUUAAUGUUUCCACAGCACGUGAGCACUGGCUGGAGGGAAUGCUGAGGCAUGAAAUAGGCACACAUUAUUUUCGAGGUAUUAACAACCUUCAGCAGCCAUGGAACAGUUGGACUGGCCGUAAAAAACAUGAGCUAAAGCCAAACAAUCCCACAGAGGAAGGACUGGCAAGUAUUCACAGCGUCCUUUUUAGAAAAGACCCCUUUUUAUGGAGGGCGGCCCUCCUCUACUACACUGUUUAUCGAGCCAGCCAAAUGUCUUUCUGCGAACUCUUCAAAGAUAUUGGAAAGUUUGUCAAGGACCCCAAUACAAGAUGGGAUUAUUGUGUACGAGCCAAGAGGGGAUGGACUGACACUUCUCAACCAGGCUGCUUUAGUAAAGACCAGGUAUACUUGGAUGGGAUCCUGCAAAUUCUCCGGUACAGAGAGACCAUUGACUUUCAUCUACUGACUGCCCUGGGCAAGGUCUCUUAUGAAGAUGUGGAUCGCUUGAAAGGAUUGGCAGUUAUUGAAAACAUGAGGGUCCCUCAUUUCCUGCAGGACCAUGGCCGAUACAUGGAACAUUUAGAGAAAAUUAUGGAAGUGAAUGAACUGACCGACAGGGAACUGAAAGAUCUUAUAUAUUAAUCAGCAUUCUUACAGAUGUAGCUAAUCUAUUAACCAAUUAGGUGCGGUUAGCACCAGCAUAUUUAUAAAAACAAUGACUGUUUACAUGACUUUUCUGUAGAAUGAUCUGCAGUAUUCAGCUGAAUUUUUAAAAGUUAAGUACAAACCUUAAACUGUUUCCUUAACAUGUUUCUAUAGGCUGCAGGGGAAAGUUCCUCCUAUUUUUAUCUGAAUCUCAACAGAGUCCAGCGAAAAUACUACUGGUGAGUUUUUUGGGUUUUUUUUUUUUUUUU